AUGGAUCCUAUGCAGAUCCUAGACACUAUUCAAAACCAUGUUAGCCAGGCAUGGGCUUAUCGUAAACAAGGUCGAGACUCAGACAUGGAAACUCAAAUCGAUUCAAUGCUCAGUCUUCUGGAAGAUCUGAUAGAUCGAUCUUACGAUCGGUUUGCGACAUUAGACGAUGAAGAAGAAAUUCGACCUGUCAAGUCACAAGAUAUACAAAAAGCGAGGCAAUUAACACAAACGAUCCUUGUUCGGAUUGUGUCGGGUGAAAUGUCAAUUGCCGAUGAGCAGAUCGACAGAGCAGCCAAGGCCAUGGCUCAUUUGUCAGGGCGAGGUGCAGCAGGAGCAAUGGUUGGUACCUGGUAUAUACCUUAUCUUGACAGCAAUGGUGUCCGAGAGUCUGUUUCUCUCAAGAUUCAUGAACCAAGUUUUAUUGGAAAUGACAUUGGAUUCAAGACGUGGGGUGCUGCCCCUUUAAUGGCAAAACGUCUUGUUCAGGAACGAUUUUUGCCAAAUCUUGAAAACCAGACAGUUAUUGAGCUGGGCACUGGGACUGGAAUGGUCGGUCUAAUCUGUGCAAAGUUGGGAGCUGCCUCAACAGACCUGACUGAUUAUCACCCGAGUGUGUUGGAAAAUGUAGCUAUUAAUGUGAAACUCAACGAGGUUCAGGCCAAUGUAUCUAAGCUGGACUUUAUCGAACUUGCAACUAAUCCGGACUCCGUCUGGAGGAACAGAAAAUUUGAUGUGGUGAUUGCAAGUGAUCUACUGUAUGAAAUGGAGCAUGCCGAAUAUCUUCCGGUCGCAAUAGAGCUGCUGAUGACCGAUGUCUUUUACUUUAUGAUCCCGCUGCGUGCCACUCACACUAAAGAGGUCGCACUGUUUGAGAGAAGGAUGGAGGAGAUCGGGCUCUACUUGGACCAGACCUCGGAUCAAGAGGUGGAAGAGGAUGAAGGUUGGGUGCGUUAUCGGUUCUAUUCCUAUAUUCGCGCAUAA